CAUAGAGAUCUCGUUGCCACGUGCGCAAUUAAGCUUUUUGAUAGGAUUACCUAUCUCACACUGCGAACGACCUCCUGUCGCUGGUAUCAAACCGUGUCAAUGAAUCUUCUGGAAGUGAUUAAUUAAACGAUCCGUCUUCGACUUCGUUUACAUUGGAAUAUAUUUCAGAAAGAAGAGAAUCCAAGAUAUCUUAAGAGCUACUGCACUUCUACUUCAGCGCAAUGCCUCGAAACGCAGGGUUCGAUCCCAAAUAUGAGCCCCUUCGACAGAUCGAUUCGCUGCAGCUCCGUACUGACGAGCCGAAUCCAAAACACGGAACCACCGGACCAUUUUCCUUUUUAAACCCAACAAGAGCGCACUAUCGACAUCGCGCACCUAAGCGCGCCUUCAAGCCUGAAGAGGAGAAGGUAGAUGAAGAUAGAAACCUCGAGUCUCUUCCUGUACGGGAUGCUGACGAUGAUGGGCACAAGGACAAGGACCAUGAUCAAUUGAUUGACGACUUCGACUUCAAAUGGCGGUCUCGCGACAACCGUAAAGGUCGUCACGCGCUCGUCGUCGACCCUGUCAAACGUGACACUCAGCAGGCCAAAUAUCUUGCUCCGCCGCCUUCAGCCAGCUUUCGUGGAAUCUGCCAGGGUCUCGGCCGCAUGUGCACAGUGUUUCCAUAUUGGGACAUUUCAUAUCUAGUUGCUGUGAUAUUUACGUUGGGGUCGGUCAUCUGGGUUAUUAAUGGAUUCUUUGUGUUUCUGCCGCUGGUUCGGCCCAAAUCCGAAUUCAAAGAUGAGGUGUACACUGGAGGAGGAGUGACUGCAUUUGUUGGCGCCACGGUUUUCGAAGUCGGCAGUGUCCUGCUCAUGUUCGAGGCUGUAAACGAGAAUCGCAGCGGAUGUUUCGGGUGGGCGCUGGAAAAAGUUGUGGAGGAUUACCAUCAACGCCACCACUCUCAUGAUGACCGGGAUGCGAGCAUUGCGGAGAAAGGAGAUGCGGAUCUAAUGCGACUCCGCCCGGCCCUGGAUACAUGUCGGCAUCAUCAUAGAAACAAGAAAAAUUUGGCAGGGCGAAGUACUAUCAAAUCGAUCGAAAAGAAAUACAUUUCAUCAGAUUCAUCAUCCCUGGCAAACGGCAGCCCACCAAGCCAAGGAAAUGGACACACUUCCAACGAUCCGAGCAGCAGCCCAGACCAAGGUCCCGAGAAAGACGUGGAUGCCGGUCCCGAUCGCGGCCGCAGCUGGGUCUGGUUUCCCUCCUGGCACGAGCUGACAACUCACUACUUUCGCGAAAUCGGCUUUCUCGCAUGUUUGUCGCAGUUUCUUGGCGCGACUAUCUUCUGGAUCUCAGGCUUCACCGCUCUGCCGAAUGUGAUUAACACCGCGAACAUUGGUCUAGCCGACGGCAUAUACUGGACGCCACAGGUCGUCGGUGGUACCGGCUUCAUUAUUUCAGGAACACUCUUCAUGCUCGAGACUCAGCCGAAAUGGUAUAUUCCCGCCCCUCGUGUGCUGGGCUGGCAUAUCGGAUUCUGGAACUUGAUCGGUGCAAUUGGCUUUACGCUUUGUGGCGCGUUUGGAUAUUCUUCCAAUUCUGGAAUCCAGUACCAAGCGUCGUGCUCGACAUUCUGGGGCGGUUGGGCCUUCCUGAUCGGAAGUGCAAUCCAGUGGUAUGAGUCUCUAGAUAAGAAUCCCGUCGAAGAAAAGGGAGAGUGGGGUACAUAAAUACAUAGAACUCUUGUCUUACCUUUCCUUUUCCCUUUUUUUUUUUUUUUUUUACUUCGUUUUCUGUUUUUCAUUUCUUGUUUU